GUCUAAUCUUAUACCUCGAUCCGUGCAUUUAUUUGGGUCGUGAGAAUUUACGAACAACCAACAAUCAGCAUGAGAACCUCUCACAAUGCGUAUAAGGAAAAAUCAUUUUAACCAACUAUUCACUGCAUUGUUCCAUUGAUCAACUUAUUUAGGAAGGAAGGAAAACUACAUGUAAAGGUAUUGGACUUUGAGGGGUGGGAUCGAUCGAUUGCAGAAGGUCGUCACAAGUUUAACAUUGACGAUCGUCUCCCAUGUUGGUUAACAUCAUAAUUUACCUCGUUCGACAGAGAGUGAAAUGAUUUAGGGGAACAAAUGACGUAUUAAUUAAGACUUGGUUACAACGAUGAGGUAGAUUUGAGGGGAUGCACCAAUACAAAAGACAAAAUAUUGAAAACUGAAAAACGUCAUAUAUGCCGCUUGCGACUGACCUGUCUUUCCAUUAGAAGUUGAUAACAUUAGAUUGACACAUUAGAUCUUCUACGCUGUAUACGCAUUGACAAACAAACGACGGUGUUUCACAGAUCAAAGUGUCGAAUAACGAACAAUAUAUGCUUAAGGAUGGAUCUCACAGCUCUGCAAAAGUGCAUUGUUCUAAUGUUCUCUUUCCUAUAUUGCUGUGUUCAUGGUGCAAAUUCUGAACUUCAAAAUGAGAUCAAGGAUCCCGACACAUUAAAAUGGCCAAAUAAGGAGGAAUCCUCGAGAGGGGAAAAUAUUUUAAAAUAUCCUUUGUUGCCGUCAGAAUUUAGUUCUGAAGAUGAAAACCGCACGACGUCGAGGGAACUCGAGUCCAAAGCUUGGAAUCGUUCCCCAGAGGACAAUAUUGAGUUCCGAGAAAGCAAAUCUCAAUCUUCCACGAGUCCGAAUGUAUAUUUCACCAAAGUUCAGACGAAAGAACAUGUGGCCAUUCAUUACCCAAACGUCCCCUCAAAUCCCAAUAACCGUCUGCAAUUAGACCCUGAAGAUGCAGCCACGCUUGCUUCCGUCAUUGCCACCACUUCAAAACCGUCCGAGAGCACAAACUAUAAUUUUUUCACUGAUUUUGGGGACCUCCAGAAAUUGUCCCAUGCUGCCAAUAAUUCCAGAAAUGAGCUGAUUAAAAGUAUGGAAAUCACGUUGGACAUUGUAAAACAUAGUUUUUGGGGCGAUCAAAACGUAAUUUUCUCUCCAUUAAGCCUAAUUAAUAUCUUGGCACUCUUGAUGCUAGGCGCUCAAGGUCGAACUUUUAAUGAGCUUGCAAGCGUCUUACGACUGGACCCACUAGAUUCCACCAAGGCUUUAAAAUUUCACCAGUCUUACCAGAAAUUGAGAGGAUAUCUAAGUCACAAAACUGGGAAGGAUAUUUCCAUUGAGAUGGCCAACCAAAUUUUUGCCGACAAGCAUUUUCCAUUGGACAAUGCUUAUGUCAAAGAAUCCCUAGAAUUCUACGACACACCUGUCAAAUCAUACAACUUUGGCAGCGAUGGGAAAUACUUCCAGGAUCAAGUAAAUCAAUGGGUUCGAGUGAAAACUAGAGGGAAAAUACAGUCGAUUAUCGAUAAGGCUCCGUCAGCUGACACGAGUAUGGCCUUGGUUAACGCAGUUCACUUUAAGGGAAAUUGGGAAAUACCGUUUUUGGAGAAAAUAACAAGAACUGCGUCAUUCUAUGUGAAGCCCAAUGAAACAAUUGACGUGGAAAUGAUGACGAAUGUACUCACUAUUCCCUACUUUGAAAACGAUGACUACCAAAUGAUUGCGAUUCCCUAUAAGGGCAAUCAGACUGGAUUUUUUGCAUGCUUGCCAAAAGCCUCUAACGGAAUUGAAGGGUUGAAGCAAUUGGAGAAACGAUUAUCCAUUCUUCAACCCAAAGACCUGGAAAUAAGAGUGAGACAAAUGAUGUUAAAAAAGGUGGCUGUCAAAAUCCCAAAGAUGAAAAUUGACACCGAUGGACACAUGGAGGAAAUUCUGACGAAUAUGGGAAUCCCCUCAAUGUUUCACGCUCAAUGGGCAAACUUUUCCAAAAUUUCGCAGCAUGACGGCCUUUUCGUGUCUGCUGUUCAUCAUAGAGCGAUGAUUGAAGUAAAUGAGCGUGGGACCGAGGCUGCUGCGGUCACACUGGGCGCUGGAGACCGAAUUAUUGAAGAUCCUCCCACUCCAUUCAUUGCCAACAAGCCUUUCAUGUUCUUCAUUUAUCACAUCAGAGCUAAAUGCAUAUUAUUUUGGGGACGAGUAACGAGACCUGAGUGGACUUAGUUGGUUCAUGUUUUUAAUAAUUAUUUGCACAAGCAGUUGCACAUUUCCAGUUGGUAUUUAAACUAUGAAACAAAGGUUCGGCUGAGCUGAAAGUGACGUUGUUGAUGACAAUGUAAACUGAUUUGAAGAAGUACAAUAUUAACUUUUCUAUAUAUAUUGAUGCAUGUGAUAUUCCAUUUGCAGAUCUGUAUGCACUUACACCUUCACAUUAUAGAUUCAGAAAGACAGAAAUUAAGAAAAUACAUGUAUUUACUGUUUAUUUUUUAA